AUGGGAGAUUCAGAUUCCUCUUCAUCGCAUAUGGUCAGUCUAUUCAUGGUUUUUAUGCUGCCAUUGGAAAAGUUAUUGUUGUGGAUGAGACUUUUUUUGAAGAGCAAAUACAAAGGAGUAUUACUGGUUGCUACUGCUUUAGAUGGAAACUCGUACCUAUAUCCUAUUGCAUUUGUAGUUUUUGACUUAGAGAAUGAGCGCUCGUGGAAAUGGUUUAUGAGACAACUUAAUGAUGUCCUUGCUGAUGAUCACAGUUUAGCUUUUGUGUCUAACAGAAAUAUCUUAAUUGCUAGAGCUCUUGCGAAAGUGUAUCCGUGUUCUCAUCAUGAAAUUUGCAUUCACCACUUGCUGAACAUUGUUGUAACAUAUUUCAAGGGUAAAGGUGUCGCUAGUUUGGUUGCAAAGGCUUUUAAAGCUUAUCGAGUUGCUGAUUUUAAGAUGUUCACUGCUAUUUUCUCAAUUAGUCCUGCAAUUGGAAACUAUCUAAUAGAAGCUGAUGUGAGAAAGUGGGCCCGUUUUCAAUUUUCGGGUUACAUGUAUGAUAUUAGGAUUACUAACCAUGCUGAAUCGAUAAAUUCUGCUUUGUAUUCGCCAAAAGAGUUUCUAGUCAUACCUUUGUUGGAUAGCAUAAGGGAAAUGAUGACUCAAUGGUUUUUCAAACAUAGAACUUUAGGUUCUAAGCAUACGCAGUCACUGACCAUUGUUGUGGAGAAUAUUGACCGAAGGAUUGAGAAGGGUAAGAAGUUUCAAGUUUUUCCAAUUGGCGAUGACAUGUUUUUGGUUCAAGGAGACUUUUGA